CGCCGGUUUCACACCUCAAGUGUCGCCACACCCACCAACUUUGCAUUGCCUAUGACCUCAAGAGAAUCCACCAUUAUGCCCCAAACCACCAGGCCAAAGGUCAUGGUUACUAAUGUGCUCCAACCAACAUUGACCUAUCUCAGGUCAGACACUUCCCAGAGACUGUUGUGCUUCGGUGUAACAUAAUAAUCGCUAACAUUUUCACCACUAAUUUUUUUUUGCUGUGUUUUGAAUUUUUGCCUUGGUUUGAUUGAAAUCUGUAGCUACCUCAUUUUAUUACAUUUUGUGUUUAAUAUAUUGGCUUUUAUGGAUCGUUUAAUGUGUGCUGAUAAGGCAUCACAUGCGGUUACUCAUCCAUUUGGCUCUCUCUUGAGCAGCAGUGAGUCUAGGCCUCUUCAGAAGGCUGCUAGGAGGUCUGCGUCUGCUGACGUCUACAUGUAUGAUGACUCGGAGGAAGAAGAUGAUGAAAUUGGUUAUGCUGAUCCUGUUCAAGAUGACCUUUAUGCUCGUAAAGUGGGCUUAACAGUAGCCCAGCCUAUUUCCACUGUGCACUUUGAUAAAUUUCUCCCAAAGUUUUGGACACCAGAGGAAGACAUGCAUGUGCAGAAAAUCAGACUGGGCUCUCAGCGUCGGCCCUGGUACAGAAAGAUCCAGGGCUUCAGCCAGAAGAAGUCUGGCUCAUCCUCAGAGGACUCCGACUGUGAUGUCACUCCCCAGCUCUGUGUGUCCUCUCCCUCUCAUUCUGAACCCCCUUCCUCACACGCACAAACUUCAGCACAGCUCAGUCCCAUCACUCCCAGUCCUACCACACAGCCACUCACGCUCACUCAAGACACUUAUGGAGCCCAAAGAUUUCAGCUCCCUGAUUUUUGGCCUAGUCCGGACCCCACCUCAGGCCCAAGACUCAUUAAAUGCAAGAAACACCAUCUAUUAGGGCGAGAACACCCUAACGACCCCUACAAUGUAUCUGAGGACAUUCUCCCUGACUUGGAAAAUGAUGACAUGUUUAGCCGCCGCACAUGUGCCUUCUACUCUAACACUGAGCUGGCCAAGAUGAAAUAUGGGGGUCUACUUUCCUUACAUCACAAGUCUGAGCCGUCUAUCAGAGUGGUCACUCAGCAUAGCGGUGCCAAAUCUACUUACCCGGACACUGAGAAAGAUGAUGUGAUCGCUCGCAGGUUACAGCAUCAGUCUAAACAGCGCCCCCUUUCAGGAGCACCUGAUAACUAUCACCCUGUGCCUGUUCCUGAGCUCUGGGCACUGCCACAGAAACUUCAGGACAAGAUAUCCCUCCCGUGCCCCCCAGUACAGGUGGCUGUCCCAAAGCAUGCAAAACAGAAGGUGGGCGAUCACCAAAAGACAGAUGAUAUGCUAGUUAGGAAGCUUGGAAUUACACAUUUCCAGAAUCCCACAGAAGUGUCUCAGAGGUCAGUUGGAACUCAAACAGGUCCGAGUGUGCCCUCAGUCUGCAGUGAGGAGGAUCUCCAUAAAUGGCAAGCCAUCAGAGAGGCCAGUCGCCUAAGAUAUAAGAAGAGGCUGAUGGUGGAGAGGUUAGGCUUCUGAGGCUGUACGAAUGACCUGAAGCCCUGCAUGCUUUCAUGGUGUCUGAUAUCCCUUUUUUUAUUGAUCCCAUUUGUAGCCUAACAUGGAUUGUUUAAGUGCGUUUUCGGAUGGUGUUCGGUUGCUCGUUAAGCCUGUGAUUACUGACAAUAAUAAUUUGGAUUAUUAUGUAAACACUUAAGGCUAGAGAACUUUGUAAACAGUAUUAAUUAAUGUACUUGGGUGUUAUUUAUUAUCUCCAAAAGUGUAUUGCUAAUAUGUUUUCAGAUAGAAACCAUUACAUUAAGAAUGCAUGAGGCUUAAAAAACUCCAAAAAAGCAUGAGUGUUAUUUAAUUGUUCAUAAGUGACUGAAUAACAGUUCUGUUUUUUGCAAUUAUUUUGUUUUCUUAAGGACUGGGAUUGCUUGACAUUUUGUCUUACUCUGCUUGUGUGAAAUAAAAGUAUUACUAAAAGCUUUUGUGAUGAAUUCACCUAACGGAAAUGAGAUAUCAAGACCGCUUCCAUUUCAGUCAGCUAGUUAUUCCCUAAAAGAGGUUCAGAGGUUCACACAGACUUGUGGAAGUGGGAGUGUAAUGACCAAAGCUGUCGAGGAAUGUGAAAACCUGAGUAAUGUCUAUAAAUAUCACUGCCAGACACAGCCACCCUUUACAAGACUGCCAACAAGCUGUGCUACUUAGAAAUUCCCCAUUGCCAUGAGAGGCGGUAAAAGCAAAAAAUUUCACAUUUGUCUCUAUGGAAAUGUACAGUCAAAACACACCCUAGCCUGUAAUUUUCAAGUAAAACAGCAGAGUUGGUAUGAUAUAUUCACACCUUUAACCUAUUAUGAAGUUAUGUCACCAUAACAUUUACAGAAGCACAAUUCCCUGUGAAGUUAGUGUACCUUUAACUUUCCCUCAAGUAAGUUAUUUCCAGUAGUUUGUGUUCAAACAAGUCUGCAGCCACACUGCAGGGUGUAGAAUGGUAUAAUAUCCACUGUACAUGUGUUUCCCUUCUGCACUGUGAAGAAAAUGUGAUUCUCUGGUAACUACAUCUGAAACAUUUUGCAUUUGAUUGUCGCUGUCAGCCAGUCUAAAGUACACAAAAUAUGACCGUCUUCUGUGUGGUUUUCUUUGGUU